GGAUAAAUUGAAGUGCAGCUGCACAACAGUGUCAGCUCAGGAAAGUUGUGUUAAUACAUCAAGUCUACUCCUGCAGUCUUCACUCUCCAAAAUGAUUGAACUCUACCUGGAUCUCAUAUCUCCGCCUUGCCGAGCUGUCUUUCUGUUUGCCAAGGCCGUGAAAAUUCCCUUUGAGUUCAAGUUGGUGCAGCUGGGAGCAGGUGAACAGUACAAAGAAGAAUUCAGCAAACUAACUCAGGUCAAGAAAGUUCCUGUUCUGAAGGAUGGGAACUUCAUCUUAACUGAGAGCACCGCUAUCCUGAAAUACAUGGCACGCAAACACUCGACAUCUGUGGCUGAUCACUGGUUUCCUGCAGAUCUACAGCAGCAGGCUCGUGUGGAUGAAUAUUUGUCUUGGCAGCACCUGAACCUCAGAGCUGACUGUUCCAGGGUUUUUCUGCUCCGGUCCUUGUAUCUUCUGGUCAUGGGCUCAGAAGUAACUCCGGAGAAGAUGGACAAGGCCAUAACCAACAUGCAGGAGUCCCUCGACCUGCUUGAGGAGAAGUUCCUGCAGGAGAAAGCCUUCAUCAUUGGAGAUAAAAUCUCUAUCGCUGAUGUGAUCGCUGUGGUAGAGGUGAUGCAGCCUGUAGGAACUGGUGUGGACACAUGGGAGAGUCGCCCAAAGCUCGUUGCCUGGAGAGAAAGAGUGAAAAAGGUAUUAGGAGUGAAGCAGUUUGACGAAGUUCACGAGUCUCUGAUGAAGACGGAUGAAUUCAGAGAGAAGAUGCAGAAUGACCCCGAGAUGCUGAAAUUUCUUCCAAAGUUAAAGAAAGUUUUUCGCUGGUGAAUUUCUUUCCCUCACAACCUGAUUGUUGUGGUUCAUCCUAAUGAUAGUUUUCAUCUUUGGCAUCAUGAGGAACCUGCUCCUUCAGCUUGCUUUCUAUAUCUGAUUUAAAAGUGUGCUGAAAAACAACAAUCAAGUUUAAAAGGAAAGUUUAAAAAAGUUUAAAACUUUAUUUCAUGCAAUAAAAUUGUAUUACAUGAACAAAAA